AUGACCUUAGUUCUCGUGAAGAAGUUCAGUGUUUUGUCUAAAACAACGAAGCACAGCCUAAAACCGCAUGCCUUAACCAUCCCAGUCCGCAGCAACGCAGAUGGAAGCUACGUUUCCAAUAUUCUUUCUUUAAGCCACCCAAGAAGAUUAGUAAGGGAUAUUUUGUCAAGUCAACCCAAGGAACUCUACUUCAACGUAUCCGCUUUUGGGAAAGAAUUUCACCUCCGGCUGAGACCUAAUUCUCGCUUAAUAGCUUCCGACGCAGUGGUGGAAUGGUAUGAAGAUUCUCCAUCGAUCUACAACGAAACGGAAGAGGCUCGCCAGGAUCAAGGCGAGGGGAUCACGGAGAGACUAUGGAAAAAGGAAUCCCUAUGGACCAACUGCGCUUACGUUGGAGAUCUGGUGGAUACCCCAGGAGCUUCUGUCGCCGUGAGCAACUGUGAUGGCCUGGCUGGAAUGAUCAAAGUUGGCGCAGACGAAUUUUUCAUUGAGCCCCUGGAGAAAGGCCAACAAAUGGAGGAAGAGAGAGGAAGGCUUCACAAGGUGUAUAGGAGGUCAGCACUUGCCCAGAGUUCAACCGAUAUUCUCCCUGAUUUCCAAAGUAAAGAAUUCUGUUUUAUACCACUUUUGCCUGUAGUCAAGUGUUUUCCAUCUACCAAUGAGUAUGAGACUGAAUUUCCCUAUAUAAUAGGGAAUCUCUGGAAUCACUGGGCACUCGCUGGAAUCUCUUCAUUCCAGGGCUGGAAUGAAGAGAUUUAA